UCCUAAUAAAACCUUAGAAGAAGAGGAAAUACAAAGCCAAGAAAAGCAGAAGAAGAAGAAGAAGCAGGAAUAACAACCAGACGCUCAGCUCGUAUCUCAGCAGAGGGAAUAUCCUUAUUUGACUACCACUCGGGCUGUAUCCAGUAUCAUCAGGUGAUGAGCGUUGGGAGGCUGUAGCUGAACGUCUGAGGCAUCAUGGAGGACGAGUGCAGGCCUCUGCUGAGCUCCGAGCAGCAGACGGUAGAGAGCUAUUCCCAGAGAGGCUCCACGGACUCCCUGGACUUCAGGGCUAAAAGACCUUUCUACGUGGAGCCCAGGAACAUCGUGGGUGACGUCCCGCAGGAGAGGGUCUCUGCUGAGGCGGCCAUCCUCAACAGCAGAGUGCAUUAUUACAGCCGGCUGACCGCCUCCUCUGACAGACUGCUAAGUCCUCCAGACCAUGUGAUCCCGCACACAGAGGAGAUCUACAUCUACAGCCCACUGGGGACAGCUUUCAAGGUGACAGGCAGCGACCACUCCUCUAAAAACCCCAGUAUCAUCACCAUAUUUGCUAUAUGGAACACAAUGAUGGGAACAUCUAUACUCAGCAUACCUUGGGGUAUAAAGCAGGCUGGUUUCACUCUGGGGAUCAUCAUCCUCAUCCUCACCGGCCUGCUGAUGCUCUACUGCUGUUACAUCGUCCUCAAAUCACCAAAAGCUAUACCCUACAUGGACACGUUGGACUGGGAGUUCCCGGACGUAUGUAGAUAUUACUUUGGAAAGUUUGGCCAGUGGUCCAGUUUGGUUUUCUCCAUGGUGUCCCUCAUAGGAGCCAUGGUGGUCUACUGGGUCCUCAUGUCCAAUUUCCUCUACAACAGCGGACAGUUUAUCUACAACUACUCUCACAAUGUCAACAUGUCCGAUUCAGAGUUUGGGACCAACGGCUCGGAUAGAGUCAUCUGUCCGUUCCCCAACACUAACCAUGAGGGGAACUACACCGUCAGCACCCUCUUCCUCACCACCAGUGGAAACGAUACUUCAGCCUCGACCUUUGAACACUGGUGGAGCAAGACGAACACCAUCCCGCUCUACCUCAUCAUCCUGCUGCUGCCGCUGCUCUGCUUCCGCUCGGCAUCCUUCUUCGCCAGGUUCACCUUCCUGGGAACGAUUUCAGUGGUGUACCUGCUUUCGCUGGUCACCAUUAAAGCUUUCCGCCUCGGUUUCCACCUGCAGUUCCACUGGUUCGACUACACCGAGUUCUACCUGCCAGAGUUCAGGACGCUUUUCCCUCAGUUCACUGGCGUCCUCACGCUGGCCUUCUUCAUUCACAACUGCGUCAUCACGUUGAUGAAGAGCAACAAGCACCAGGAGAACAAUGUGCGGGACCUGUCCGUGGCCUAUCUUCUAGUCGGGCUCACCUACCUGUAUGUGGGCGUGCUGAUCUUCGCUGCCUUCCCCUCACCUCCUCUCUCCAAAGACUGCAUCGAACCAAACUUCCUGGAUAACUUCCCCACCAGCGAUGUGAUGGUGUUUGUGGCGCGGGGCUUCCUGCUGUUCCAGAUGAUCACAGUCUACCCCCUGCUGGGCUACCUGGUGCGGGUCCAGGUGAUGGGCCAGAUCUUUGGAAACCAUUACCCCAGCUUCUUCCACGUUCUGGCGCUGAACAUUUUAAUAGUUGGAACCGGCGUCCUGAUGGCCAAGUUUUAUCCCAAUAUUGGAUCCAUCAUCAGGUUCUCUGGAGCAACAUGCGGCCUGGCGUUAGUGUUCGUCUUCCCCUCAUUGGUCCACAUGAUCUCCCUGAAGAGGCAGGGGCUGCUCCGCUGGCCCUCAGCGCUCUUCCACAGCUUCCUCAUCCUGCUGGGCAUGGCCAACCUGCUGGGUCAGUUCUUCAUGUGAACACUGAAGCAUUUAGAAGCACCAUGAAGGGAUAUAUGAAAUAAGGAUGUAGAUAAAUGGAGUGCAUAACCACACACGGUGCUUACUAUUCCACUUAUUUAAUGGCUAAAUAAUGACCGGAUGAACCUCAGCAGCCGUAGAUUUAAUGUCUGUUUCUGUGGUAUAAAAUGUAACAUCACACUUACUGUUGUGAUUUUAAAAGGCUUUAUGGUUUAAGGGACAUUAAACCUAUGUCUUGGUUUGAUUAUCUUUGUAUUUCCACGCACAAUGACCGUUUUUUGAUCGUGUCCUUCAUGAUUAUUCCAAACUGCAGCGGUUUGUUCACUACCACACCUCAUAGUGUUAUUUUGACCUGUGAAACACCACGGUACACUACUCAGACACGUUUAGAGCUGAAACCAAGAGAAUGUUAGACUUCUACCAAUCAGAUGGACAGAGACAUUGCUCCAAAGGAAUCCUCAUGUUGCUCUGUCUGUCUGGAAGUGGAAAUGCUCCAUCAGAUCAGCUUAAAGUGUGAUGCUGCUUUCACAAAUGUGUUACUGCAGGGUCUAAUUUGUUACAAAAGUGGAUUAACCGCCAGAUAUUCUGAUCAUAUACUGUGGAGUUGUGUCUGCAUGACUCACUUUAGGGAAUCCUAUCACUGUUUUAAGGACAGCCAUGUUGUGCGGAUGUAUAUUUGAAACGUUUGGCACAAUCUUUUAAUUUUAUGAGCAGUGUUGAGUUAUGUGUUUGAUAUGUUUAUAUGAUCCCUCUUUUCUAGAUACUGCAUCUAAUGUGUUAUAUUUGACUAAUGAUAGGAUAGAUAAAGGGAAUAUGUGUGUUUUUAAAUAAACUGUCUGUGAGAACUGUA